UUUACGCGUGUCGUCCAUGUUACGAAUGUGGUGUGACUUAUUUUUGUUUUGUGAUAAUUUUCAAUGUAAUUUUAUAAAUAUAAAUGUGAAAUGCUACAGUAUGUGUCAUCCCAUAUAGUGGAACCUUGCUCCGGCUGAAUGGAUCCCGCCGUCGCGUGGUAUCAGCCCGAGCAGGAAGGACCAGCGAAGCGCCUGUGGCUUCGUAUUUGGGAAACUCAAAGUGAAAUAGAAAGAAUGAACUUAAAAAAUUUAGAAAACGCUAACCCAAAUGCGAAUAAAGCGCAAGACUUUAUACCUAUAAACGAUGUGAAUGGUGAAAAUAGGAAUAAUAACUACUUCAACCCCGCGCGUAGGAAAAUGAACGAUAACCGUGCGUCGACUUUUAACCUGAACAAGAAUCACGAUGCGCUUAUAGGUGAAUACGGAGGGUGUCCGUGGAGAGUGCCCAACUAUGCUUACAAGCCUGGGAUCUUGGGGCUCCACGAAGAGAUCGAGCACUUCUACAUGUACAUGUCUCCAACCGAGACUGAGCACCUGGUCCGGACGACGGUGGUGAACCGGAUCCGGCAGGCCAUCCUCACACUGUGGCCGCAAGCCAGGGUCGAGGUGUUCGGCUCCUUCCGCACCGGCCUGUAUUUGCCCACCAGCGACAUUGAUCUGGUUGUCAUAGGACAAUGGGAGAAGCUGCCACUGUGGACACUAGAGCGCGAGCUGGUCGGCCAGGACAUUGCUGAGAAGGAGAGCAUCAAGGUUCUGGAGAAGGCAACGGUGCCCAUCGUCAAGAUGACCGACAAAUACUCGGAUGUUAAGGUGGAUAUAUCUUUCAACAUGAGCAGUGGUGUUAAGAGCGCGGAACUUAUCAAACAGUAUAAGGAAAAGUAUCCGUGUCUCUCUCGCCUUGUGAUGGUAUUGAAACAGUUCCUACUCCAACGCGACCUGAACGAGGUGUUCACGGGAGGGAUAUCCUCUUACUCCCUCAUCCUGAUGUGCAUCAGCUUCCUCCAACUGCACCCCAGACCGGAGAGGCUCAGGCAGCCUCAGAAUCUAGGGGUGUUGUUAGUGGAAUUCUUUGAACUGUACGGAAGGAAGUUUAACUAUGUGAAGACGGCGAUCAGAGUCAAGAAUGGGGGGUCCUAUGUUUCUAAGGAUGAUAUUCAGAAGGAAAUGAACGACGGGCAUAGACCGUCACUGCUCUGUAUAGAAGACCCUCUCACGCCCGGCAACGAUAUCGGACGAUCCAGCUACGGCGCUAUUCAAGUCAAACAGGCAUUCGACUAUGGCUACAUAAUCCUUCAGCAAGCGGUCGCGCCCCACAACGUGCAGCUGCUGGCGCGACACAGCGUGCUCGGCCGCAUAGUGCGCGUGACCGACCACGUACUACAAUACCGGCGCUGGGUGCGCGACACAUUCGAGCCGUAUUUCUUCCCACAGCGGGCCCCGAGAAGGCUCCGACCUAGUCGAGAGCCCUCUCCUGAGCCCUCUGAUAGUGACCGGGAGUGGUCGGACCGCUGCGGCUCCCCCGCGCGCACCUCCCCGCCGCCGCUGUCCGCGCUGCAGUGCUCCUCCCCCACGCCGCGGCGCGUGUCCGCGCACCAAAGCCUCAUUAUACACCACAUCACCUCCAACUCAGACUUCAACAAUAUUCCUUCAGGCGUAAUGCAACAACGCUUCGGCGGCGGCGACAACAACACGAAAUCCCGGACCCCGCGUUCGUUCUCGUCCAAGCAACGGCGGUACACGUCGCCGCCCGCGCAGCCGCGCGCCCGCGCCGACCCGCCGCCGCGACACAACAAGAAGCGGCGCCAGUACACGCAGCAGCCGCAGCGAUGAUACACGUGGCGCCGCGCCGACGACCGAGGGUGGUAACGUGACGUGCGACAUGUCACAAAAGUAUGCUAAUUUAUGACGAACGUGUGAGUCUUGUCACAGAUACGUGGCAAUUUGUCGCAAAUACGUGAUAAUUUGUCGCAAAUACGUGAUAAUUUGUCACGGAUAGGUGAUAAUUUGUCAUGAUUGCGUAGUAACUUGUCACGAAAACGUGGUGACUUGUCACGAAAACGUGGUGACUUGUCACGAAAACGUGGUGAUUUGUCACGACUACGCGAUAAUUUGUCACGACUUCGUGAUACCUUGUCACGGAAAUAUAAUAAUUUGUGAUGAGAUACACAAAACUUAUCGAAUCGUCUGAAAAUUGGUGAUAACUUCUCUAUGUGACUAAUGCAUAUUCGUUUUUGACAUUACUCUGCGGAGUUACUAAUGUUACUCUGUUGCAUAAAAUCAGAAAUUAGUCUUUCAUAAGAGUAAUAAUUAAUUGAGAUAGAGGCGCAGUUGGUCACAUAGGGAUGUUACAAAGUUACCACACUACUCGAUACUAUUGUGACGCGACGGUACAAGAAAACCAAGAAAACAUAAACUUAAAUUUAGUAAUAGCAAGACUUCUGACGACACCAAUAUUACCUAUAACCAGCUCCCUUGGUUGGAUCGUGGGACGUUCGACUGAGCGUUCAGUGUGACUGGGACACGUCUUGCGUGGGUUUGUCACAUUUACGUGACUGACGUUCGCGUUUGCGUGACUGUAACAUUUAAGUGUGGUUUUGUGACGUUUGCGUGACUGACAUGCACGUGUGAUUUGGUGACGUGUGUGGGUUUUUGUGACGUUUUGCGUGGCUGUGUGACGUGGAGUAUAGUUGAGGGAUGUUAAGUGUGCUAAGUUAAUGACGUAGUUAAAGUAUCGGAGGAUUAGCUCUGAAAAACAAUACAAUAAUAGUACUCUGUGGUACGGUUACGAGCAUUGAUAUGUAUACACUUUGGUACCAUGUCACAUUAACUUUUUUGACAAAUUGAACUGUAAGUCUCACUAAAUGUCAAAUAUGUUAGUGCGACAGAGUCCUAAAGUGGGUACAUUAUAUUGCUCAUGACUGUACGACAAUGCGCGAAUUGCGGCUGGACAUUGCCUUAGUUUUGACGACAUGAUGUUCUGGGGGUUAAAGAGGCCACAUUGAAGCAUUUAAUCUAAAAUAGCAAUAUUGACAUUGCGCAUUUACUUUUAAGUGCACACGUGUCAAAGAUCAAUAUUUAGAUGAAUUGUUUGAAUGUGGCGUUUAGACCCCCGCUCGUAACAGCUUAAAGUUGACGUCAAACGUUCCAACCUCAAGUUGAGCUACAGAUCAAUAGACGCAUAUACAACAAAUAGCCUUAUUAUGAUUAGCUUCCAAUCACAAUUAAAUACUUACUUAGCGAUAGGUACCACCGGUAUACGACCAGAAAAUAGAAACGUUGUAACGGCUUCGCCAAAGAUUUACUUAGGGAAACGCUGUUAUGAUUUCGGGUUCAAUUCACUCCAUUUGCCGCUUUUACUUGGUAAGGGUUCUUUCUUAGUAAAGACCCUAUCUUGGUAAGAGCUCGCUGCCGGUAAGAAUCUAACCCGGUAAGGCUCUCACCCGGUAAGGCUCUCACCCGGUUAGGCUCUCACCCGAUAAAGCUCUCAACCGGUAAGGCGCUCACCCGGUAAGGCUCUCACCAGUUAAGGCUCUCAACCGGUAAAGCUCUAACUCGGUAAGGCUCUCACCUGGUAAGUCUCUCACCCUUAGGGCUCUUCUGGCAGAGAUGUCACGUUAUCGAGAAAUAUCUCCGUAAGGGCUCUCUUGGUAAUAGCUCUUUCGGUGGGAAGGCUCUCACCCGGUAAACUUUUUCGUGCAAUCGGUGUUAAAGUACAUAAUAUAGAAUGAAUACACGCGUUUCCCAUUUCACCGUGUUGGUAUCUUGUUCUGUGAUAUAAGUGCCUAAGGCGUGGGGUGCGGGCGGUAUUGUUGCAAAAUAAAACAUAUCCAAUAGUUGCAAUACAGUGCAGUUUACUUUGCACAGGUCAAUAUAGUUUUUAAGUUCGCGCAAUUGACGCCGGAAUGGAACAAUUUUUGUGUGUUUUGUUUAUAAAUCUGAAUUUGGGCUGUCAACGUAAGUAGGCGAUUCGCGUUUGUUGUGAACAUGUUCGCGCGAUUUCACACUAAGUGGUACUGUUUGAUUUUGCCGCUUUUUUAUUUCGAUAGAAGAAACUUUAGAUCUCAUUUGUUUUGUUUCAUUGAUAGAAAGUUUAAUAAUAUUUAUUAUCUUUUUUUCGUAUUUUUUUAUGUAGUUGUUUAGCUGAUUAGUUACAUUUAAAUUUUAUAAUUGUGUUUUUUGUUAUUUAUUUUAGUUUCAUCUUGAAUGUAGGUUUAAAAGUCGGUCACUGACACGACUAUAUAUGAAAAGUUAUUACAGCCCUACUACAGUAACUUAACAAAGAAUAAUACUACAUAUAGAACGGUAACUCUGCGCCCCGCACCAAAUCGUAUCGGAGACCGACCUCACCCCCUCUGGGUCUUAAUUUAGUCCUAGUCGUAAGCUGCUAAAAGAGAGCGCGCGAGGUGUCUGUCUCACUCGCAUAUACUUAGAUUUUUGUAUGGAAUGUCCGAGGUGCGCUAUAGUAGCAUCGACACACAAAAUUGUUCCACUUCACGUCGCAAUUGUACAAUAAAAAGAGAAAAUAAGUAACUCAAGUUCCUGUAAAUGUUGUUAGUAGUCACGCUAGAUGUCGCUGUUCAUAAUUAAUAUUAGACGCCAUAGCCUUUCACGACUCCGCUGCCACUCAACUAAUAGAAUGCCGUUCAAAUAUGGGCUUUGAGUCGUGGUCUUGCGAUAUAGUUUAAUAUUGGUGCUGAUUCCAGUACACACCGUCUAAUUUUAUUUUAAGUUAUACCUGUCAUUUUCUUAUCCGCCGAAAAGGAAAGGGACGGGUAAUCGACAGGCGUAAAAUUACGGAACACGUCAAUUUUAUGUAAAAAUUGAAACAAGCCUCGUAAAAUUUUAUAUUGACAAAUAACCCGACAGAAUUAAGUUAACAGCACAAGUCUAACGGGUUACAUACAGCGAGAUGCCUAUUUUAUUCGCCCGAGUUAUUCAUUCACUUCGGCGGAUAAGUAAAUGACAGGUAUAACUUAAAAUAAAAUUAGAUGGUGUCUGCAGGAAUCGGGGCCAUUGACAACAUAAAUCAGCAGGCAGCUCGGUGUCAGAAAACGCCAUGCCAUCAGAAUGCUCGGCAGUUGACCGCCAGCAGUCGUUUUAGUUGUUGGGGCAGAGUGGAAUUUUUUUUACCUUUGAUGGGUUUGCUCUUGGCCCCAGACUUGACCGAAGGCAUUGACGAGGCCUAAGAUGGAGCGAGCUCGCCCAGAAGGUGCCUGUUCACUCUGGCCUUGAAAGCACCCGGGUUAUAUGCAUAAGUGGAGUGUAGGAGGAGUAUGACCAGCGGGCUUAGCACCGUAAGCACGCGACUCUUUCUCGCCGCGACGGAGAUCAUAUGUCUCUCUUUCUGUGCAGUACUGUGACAUCAUCAUCACUGUGAGAGAGUGAAGGGUGAUGUAUGUCGAGGCGAGAAAGAGUCGCGCGCUUACGGUGCUAAGCCCGCUGAACACUGCCUGCGACUUAUAAGGACCCUCUCAUUUCUCACUAUAACUUAUCCUCUUGUGUGAUUUACAAGGUCGAUGACCUACUUCACCAAACCUGGUGUCAAGGUGACUCGGCCGCCAGAGAUAAAAAAAACAACUCAACUACAAAAUAUUUAGAAAAAUAUGUUAAAAUGGCGUAUAGUAAGAUGUAUACAAUAAAUUAACUGUAUAAACUAGUGGAUCUCUUGUUAGUGACUUAGAAUAGAACUUUCGAGAGGGCGUCUACAAUAUUCGUGAGGGAAUAAAUAAGAAUAUAAAUAUUCGUAUAAUAAUAUAUUAUAUAACAUUAUUAGUAUAACAUUACUUAAUAAUGAUGAGAAGCAAAAUAAAGCUGUAUAUAAAAGCAGCUGGGUGUCAUCUGUAUAUUUUUACUUGUCGUAUUUGCAUUCUUCGAAAUAAAUAAAUUACAAAAUUUUCUUUAUUUAAUUUAAUACAUAACAUAAACAUACAUACUUAAACUGCCUAUAUACGUCCCACUGCUGGGCGCAGGCCACUCAAUCAACCGGAGGGGGUAUGGAGCAUACUCCACCACGCUGCUCCUACCCACGCAGUGGGUUAAUUAAAAAAAAAAACUUAUUACUUACUGUUUAUUCUAUUAUUAAAAAAUCCCAUCCCUUUGAAAUAUCAAUGAUGAUAAUAGCACUGACAUUCGAGCGCCAUGUUGCUUUUAAAGACAAGUAAAAAAAAAAUAGAUGGCACUUAUUAAUUAGCCCAAAAAGUGGGGAAAUUCAAUACGAACUCUACGCUUAGUUAUACUAUAAUGUUAUACAAAUACUUAAACAAAUAUAUACAUAAAGGAAAAAAAUAUAAAAUAAAAAAAAAAAAUCGUUAGGCUGACGCGUUGUUGACGUUAAAAAAUUUGAAAAAAAUCUACAAUAAAAAGGAGAGUGGUAUCAUCAAAGUAAAGGUGUUAAUUUUAAAUUAAAAGUAACAAACCGAACAAUCGAUAAGCAAUAAUCAAUGUUUACAUUACAAGCUGCAACCAAUCAGAGGUAUCGAUGGCGCGAUAGAACUCAUCUGUGAUUGGUCAGAGCAACGCGCCCCCGCACCCCAGCGUUACCAUGGCAACACAAUGCUUUCGCAAUAAAUUGAACAGCAGUCGACUGUCUUGUAUAUAUUAUAUUAUGUAAAUAUAAUAUUAUUGUUAAUUAAUAAAUAUAGUGCUGUGACUGUUAUAUAGACCUAGAAUUAAACUGUAUAAAAAUAGUAUUAGGUUAGUGUUCAUUUUUUAUACUCUUGCGUUUUGGCGGCUUCGACGCAAUAUUAAUGAACUGUCGCUUAUCAGGAGAAAUGAGAGGAAACGUAUGAAAUUCCUGUUAUAUUUAGGACAUAAAUGGCUACUGGUUUAAACCAGUUUAGAACCAAAAAAGACGUGUGGAUGAAUAUACUCUCGUGAUCACAACAAUAAACAGUAUAGGUUCAUGCCACCCACACAAUAUUACUAAGAAUGAUUGGAAAAUCAAUACAUAAUUUAAAUAAAUAAGGACAUGGUGCUAUUUCUGUAGACACUAUCUAAGUUUAUUUUAAGUUAUUACUUACAACUGUCAUUUUCUUAUCCGCCGAAAAGGAAAGGGACGGGCAAUCGACAGGCAUAAAAUUUUAAGAGCACAUGUCAAUUUUAUGCAGAUAUAAAAAAACCCUCCCUUUUGUAUUGGCCAAUAACCCGACAGAAUUUAAUUGAAAGCAUACGUCAAACUCGCCCGGGUUAUUCAAUCAUUCACUUUUAAUUAACACUUGUCAAUCAUCCGUCUCUUUCCCUUUCGGCGUAUAAGAAGGGUAUAACUUAAAAUAAAAUUAGGAGGUGUCAGUAGGAAUUCGGGCCAAUGACGAGUUGUCCAUGAAAAGGUUUAGUACGAUCUUCUCUGAACCGGCGUGCGUGUAUGAAACGAUUGAUAAACAUGGAGGAAGCAAGAGAAGUGUGUCAGGAUCGUAGCAAAUGGAAUUCCAUAGACUGCUUACUCUUUAGCUCUGGGAAAUAAGCGUGAUUUUAUGUAUGUAUGUAAAGACAAUUGAUUAUCCAAUAAAGUAUGUGCCAGCUUACUUCUUGCCAUAUCAUUUUCAUCAGCGUGGUGAAAGAAUUGUCCAGUAGGCAUUCCUAAUAAGUACUGUGGUGUAUGUGAUUCCCUAUAAUGCGUUUUGGAGUGUGUGACGUAACCUGUAUUGGGCUGGUUUUCCGUUCGCGGGUGGGAAGUUCAGACAGGCAGUCGCUUCUGUGAAAAUCCGGACCUGUCAAAUCUUCAGGUUAGGUAAACGCUAUGGAGAAAAAACAGGGAGAUAGUACUGUGGUGUAUGUGAUGAUGUAUGAAUUUAGUAGGAGCGCAGUGGUUCAGAUAAUUGAGACACAGGCACGAUUCACGUUGUAUUCACUUUGAAAAAGAAAAAGAUGUAAUAAAACAAAACAAGAGAUAAAACUUCUUCCAGAGGUCUAACGGACCUCCAUAGACGAAAUGAUAGCCCGAAUAGAGAAAAUGUGUCUGUCCAACCUCGAUCAACCGACGUGUUCUCAAAGAAUUCGAAAUUCAAAAAUUCAAAUAAAAGCAACAUAAACUAACCGACGGCCAGUAUCACAUUUCCUAGUUAUUCAUUCAUUCAAUAAACCUCAUUUAGACGAUUCCAAUAACCUAGAUGCACUUUGAAUUCUGGAAACAUCUAUGAGUAUAUUCAUCUUACAUUUUGACGAAUAGCUAAGCUAGCUAUAGAGCUAUUAAGCCAUAUACUGGUUUGGUAAGACCCUUGAUUGACAAUGUUUCUGAGGGUUAUACAUAAAAUUGUAGGCCAAUAUGUCGGAUCAUAUUUUAUGUGCUCUGCAGCGGUUAUGGCGAGCGAAGCACGACAGACGCGUGUCGACAAAUAGUCGCGACUUCUGCUGUCUACGUCGAUCGUUGCCUUUUACAUUAUACAUUCUACAUUCUUAUAUAAUAUCAACUGAUACUCUUAAGGAAAUAACUGCGGUCUUGUGGGUCACCGGGAGACGACCACAACGUCGGCUCAGACUCACCUACCGGACUGGCCACAUCGAAGCAAUUCAUUUAAAAAAGCAAUAUUGCAAUUUGGCAUUUUGCGCAUAUAAAAGUAAGUGCGCACUGCAAACAAAUGUCAGAUAGCAUGCUUUCUUAGAUGAAUUGCAGCGAUGUGGCCAUUUUAACCCCCCAGGUCAGAGCUCGUCGGGACGGGUUUCCACAGGUCUUCUAAGGACAUGACCAGUCCACCGCCAUUUCCGUGUGCAGAAUAAGACUUUCACAUAUCGUUAAAUCGAAGUCAAGUGAACUUAGUUCUUUGAAAGGACGUACCGUGCAAAUAUAUUUAUUUAACUUUAUUGUACAGUACGAGGUGUCAAGGCGAAGAGAAAAAUCAUUUUGAUUUGAUUUGAUUUUGAGAUAGAAGUGGCGACACGGGGCAGCUACAGGUUGAUACGAUAAUAUUGCGAGUUAUAAAAGAAAAAAAAGUUUUUUUUUAAAUAAUUUUUGAUGGCUACUUAUUAUCUAAAUAAAACUACGAAUAGGGUUACUAAAAACUAAAAAAAAUAUUAAUAGAAUACUUUUUCCUGCGUGGUGUGUCAGGUCCCAGUUUUUGGGUGAGUAGCACACUUCGGACUAUAGAAAAAAAAAUGAAAAUAAAAAACGUAUUUAUAUCUUUUCUGAGCGUUAAUUUAAAAUAAGGGUCCCAUUUUCUAACUUUUAUCAUAGUUACUUUAGUAAUAGUUAACCAGUGGUUAUAAUUAACCGGCUAGUCUUCGUUUAGUGUUAAUAUUUUAUUAUAUUUAAUAAUAAAUAUUAUUUAAAGAAACUUGUGAAACGGUCCGAUCCAACAUUUUAUUAUAAUUUGUAGAUUUAAAAGUACAAGGUAUAUUGCGGCUUUUUAUCCGUAAUGUACGUAGGCAUAAUGUACGGGACACAAAAAAAAAUGUCGGCAUUUGUUGGAUAUAGACUACAUAAAAACACUGCAAGAUUUUAAACUAUACUAUAGAAUAAAGAAUAAUACUACGCAUAGAACGGUAAUUCCCCGCCCCGCACUAAUUUGUAUCGGGCUCCGACCUCAUCCCCUCUGAGCCUUACGUACAUUACGACUCGGUCGGUUGGUGUCUCCUUCUGCAGGCCCACUCUAUAUUCGCUCGUUUAUACCGUAGGUUAAGGAAUAACACUACGUAUAGAACGGCAACUCUCCGCUCCCCACCAGCGGCUGAGCUAGGUUUACCUCACCCCCUCGGUCUUACUUUAGUCUUCGAUCGUAUGGCGUCGGACGCAGUGGCGACCCUAGUAAAGUAUUUAGGUGGUGCGAGGACUUAGUGGUGCCUCUCAGUCCCUCAAAAACAAAACCCAGUUGCUCCCCUCUAGAUACGGGGCUGUUGGCAGCGCCGUCUUAAACUAGGCUGGGGCUCUUGGGCACACAAGAAUUUGGGGCCCUUUUUACCGACUUCAAAAAAGGAGGAGGUUCUCAAUUCGACCGUAUAUAUUUUUUUUUGAAAGUAAAGAAGGCGAAUUGGAAAGUAAAAAAAGAAAAGCACUUACACUUUUUACUAAGUACCUAUGAACCCAUUUAUAGGUAAUCAAAUACAGCAUAAGUUUUUUGGUUUUUGGAAAAGUCGCAGUCGUCGAUAAUGGCGUAGUAUAUGAUAUGCCAUGUAAAUCUAACAUUCUGAUAAGAUUCCUGAUUUGUGAAAAAAAAGUGUAAUGUGCCUGACAAAAAUGUUUUGAGAAUAAAUGUGUGAGAGAAAUUGUGGAUCCUUCGGGGCCCUCCGAGAAUGGCCCUGGGCACGGGCCCCGUGUGCCCUUAUGGUGAAGUCGGUAUUGGCUGUUGGCCAGCGUGGACCAGUCUUGGUUGGUUUUGGCGCCCCCACUAUUCCGGCGCCCGGUGCGGUCGCACCGCUCGCACCGCCCUAGGGUCGCCACUGGUCAGACGUCACACACACAGAUGUGCGUGUACGAUAACGUCAAUGUGUAGUGUCCGUAGAACGAAGUGAUUUGUAUAAAGUGUCCCGGGUGUGGUUUAUACUUCACAUAGUUUGGGAAACGCAACAUUAGAGAUACAUUGCUUUUAUUUUAUAAAAUAAUUCUUAAGAUAUUUGUGAAAAAAAAAGCAAUAUAAAAAUAUAUCAACCUUCCCCGUACAAAUAUAGCAAUAUAUUAUUUAGAAAUUUACACUGGAUGUUGAGAAAAAUUAAUGUUUUUUUUUUAACCCGUUUAUGACUAGAAUAAUUAACAUCAAAAUUAAUCAAGUGAAAACUGAAACAUGCAUUUAGUCGUGUCAGACUGCUUUCGACAUUGGUUUUUAAAUUAAAAAGUGAAUAAACUUUAGUAAGUACUUAAAAAUUUAAACAUAAAAAUCAUAGACAGCCUAUGUACCCACUGCUGGGCACAGGCCUCCCCCCUAUCAACCGGAAGGGGUAUCG